CAUGUCACAGACGGUUUAGAGGUCUGUAAGUUACAGCCUUAUCAAUUGUUCAAUUCAUUUAAAGUGUUUUUGCGUCUUAUUGAGUUUUUGUUCCACGUCGAAAAAGGGAGGGAGAAAGAAAGAAAGAAAGAGGCCUAAAGAAUCAUCCAUCAUAGAAAAUGCUCCCUGCACUUCAGAUGUACUGGUGUCCACAUAAAAGGGAGAAAUUACAAGUUCACCAAGGACUGGCUAACAUUAAUAUGGCAGACCUCUUCGUAGGUAAAGUGUUGGUGAAAAAUAACCGCGACCAGGAUGAAUUGGACACAGAACGGGAAGUGUGGCAGCGUCUGGAAAACCGAGUUGUCCUUUUGUACUUUAGUGAAUCUGGAAGUUCUAAGUGCCAGGAGUUUGCUCCUCUUCUAAAGGAUUUUUUCGUAAAGCUGACCGAUGAAUUCUAUGUGAAUCGAUCAGCCCAGUUAGUCUUAAUUUACGUAUCCAGAGAUGAAAGUGAAGAGGAACAAGAUGAUUUUCUGAAGGACAUGCCUAAGCGCUGGCUUUUUUUACCCUAUGAGGAUGAAGAGUUUAGAAGGGAACUUGAAGCCCACUUUUCUGUGUCGGAUGUUCCCACCCUUGUUGUCCUCAAACCUUCAGGGCAAGUGAUCUCUCCCAAUGCUGUGGAGGAAGUGGUCAGGUUGGGAACUCUCUGUUUUAAGAAUUGGCAAGAGGUCUCGGAAAUCAUUGACCGAAAUUUCCUGUUACCAGAAUUCACUGAUGACAUUGCUUCCAGAAGUGUUAGUGACCCAAUCCGUCGGCUUAAGUACAAAGUGGAAAGCACCAAUAAGAAGAAAGACAGGGUAUCAAAGUAUGAUGAAGAGGAAGGCGGUGGUGGAGAGGGAGGUGGGGACACUGGAUUCUUCUGAUCACAUCUGUAUAGAAAUCAUACAUCAGUGAAUGUCAUUGUUUUAUGAACUUGAGAAAACCCAGCUGUUUAAUUAUAUAUAUAUGUGUAUUUUUUUACAUUGCAAAGGAGGUCUUUAACCUUUGUUAAAGUGACAUGAAAUUCAAACUAUAUUCUAGAUAUAAUGAUAUAUUUUCAAAGAAAAGAUUAUACUGAGACUAAUAUACAGAUGUAU